UACUCGGCAUAUUUUUGACAUAACAUGAAUAAGAGAAAUUGAAGCGUUGUGUUACGAAUACGAACAAAUUUUGAGUUAUCAAAAGAUACAACAGUAAAUUGUUGCUUUAAAUGCAAUAAUGGCUCCCGUAGAACAAGAUGUAGAAAUGAAGAACGUAGAUAGUCCGGCCGCUGCUAGCGAUGUCGAAACUACUGAGGUAAAAAAAGAUGCUGAUGUUCUCGCUGUUCAAGAUUUAAGAGAACAUGUAAGACAAAUUGAUAAAGCUGUGUCGUCAAAAGAACCACGAUUUGCUAUGCGCGUACUAAGAUCACUUCCAAGUACUAGACGGAAACUAAACGGCAAUGUACUUCGUGCGAUUUUAAACCAACUUUAUCCUGCAAGUUCUGACAAAGAAACCUUAAUCGCUUUCGUAGAAAACCCGUUGCCUGGUGCAGUGGAGAUUGAAGCCCCGCGCUCUAGAAGUGCUCCUAAGACCCCAGCUCCAGAAGUGGAUGUGUAUAUACAUCUGUUAGUUUUACUUCGUUUAUUGGACACGAAUAAACUAGAAGAAGCAGUUGAAUGUUCGCAACAAUUAAUGAAUAAAGUAACAGCUCAGAAUCGAAGAACCUUAGACUUAAUUGCUGCUAAGUGCUAUUUCUAUCAUUCAAGAGUUUUCGAGCUUACCAAUAAGCUGGACCUUAUUAGGGGCCUAUUGCAUGCUCGCUUGCGUACUUCUACCUUACGUAGUGAUUUUGAAGGCCAAGCAGUUUUAAUAAACUGUCUUUUGCGUAAUUACCUUCAUUAUGCACUGUAUGAUCAAGCAGAUAAAUUGGUGAGUAAGUCAGUUUUUCCUGAAAAUGCUAGUAACAAUGAAUGGGCAAGAUUUUUGUACUAUCUUGGCAGAAUCAAGGCGGCUAGAUUAGAAUACAGUGAUGCACAUAAGCACUUAGUUCAAGCUCUACGUAAAGCCCCUCAAACCGCAGCAGUUGGAUUCCGUCAGACUGUGCAGAAAUUGGCCAUUGUUGUAGAGUUAUUGUUAGGUGACAUACCAGAGCGUGCUAUAUUCCGCCAAGCUCCACUAAGAAAAGCAUUGGCACCAUACUUCCAACUUACUCAAGCAGUUCGUUUAGGAAACUUGCAAAGAUUUGGAGAAGUUCUGGAGAAUUUUGGGCCCCAGUUCCGCAGUGAUCACACAUUUACUUUGAUUCUACGUCUCAGACAGAAUGUGAUCAAAACUGCCAUUCGGUCCAUAGGAUUGUCUUAUUCAAGAAUUUCACCUAAGGAUAUUGCUAGAAAGUUAGGCUUGGAUUCUGCUGAAGAUGCGGAAUUCAUUGUAGCUAAAGCUAUACGGGAUGGUGUUAUUGAAGCCACCCUUGACCCCGAAAAGGGAUACAUGAGUAAUAAAGAAAGCUCCGAUAUCUACUGUACAAGAGAACCUCAGCUAGCUUUCCAUCAACGUAUUUCAUUCUGUCUUGAAUUACAUAAUCAAAGUGUUAAAGCUAUGAGAUAUCCACCUAAAUCCUAUGGCAAGGAGUUGGAGAGUGCGGAAGAGAGAAGGGAACGUGAACAGCAGGAUCUCGAAUUGGCUAAAGAAAUGGCAGAGGAAGAUGAUGAUGGUUUCCCUUAAAUUAUGAAAUUCAUUUUGUUUGUUACAUGUAGUCUUCUGUAAUAAAAUCUAUAACAUAUUAACUUCAA